UCACUCUUCAAAUGAUGACAUCCCUCUUGCACGGAUGUGGCGUCAGACGCAAGAGUUGACCUCAGUGCCUCCUCAUCUUUCGCCUCACCCUUGCACUUCUACUCCUCGUGAAACUUUUGCACCUGCAGUAGUGGAUAGGGCCGGUCUUGCAGAGGCACAACGUCAGAGGGCGUCUCGUGGAAAGCAGCAGCCUACGUCCAUCGACUCAGGCAGCGACGACGGCGAGAGAGGGCAUGAGGGCAGCAGCGAGUCCGAUGACAAUCCUGAUUCUGGCACGGGUGUGGGAGCACCAGGAGGUGAGGACAAUGAUAGAAUGUGCGGUACCACGGCGGGAGUACAGGGUCUGCAACAUUCACAAAGAUUGAGGGAGGCGAGAAAGUGUGGUACAGAGGGGGCAAGCAGGGAUGAUGGAGGUGGACGAUCGGUGGGGAAGGUUCAUCGAGCCCAUCGCAAGGGGGACUCCGUCGCUGACCAUGACCAGUUUGCGUCCGCACCGGCCGAGGCCGCGGCGACCGGCUGGACGGAUGAUUUUCUCGGCUUGUCGAUGGGUCAUCCUCUGACCCCCCGUGAUGAUGGACAUGCCCCGGUUGCCGCAGAGGAGACACCUAUCAGCCACAUUAUGGGAGGAUUGGAUCUCGACAGGGGUGCGUCGAGUCGUCGACCAAUUUGUGGAGGGAGGCAGCUUUGGGGAUGGAGAGGACGCUUGAAGGGAGUAUGCAGUGCAUAGGGGAUGAUGUCGAGUAUAGACCCAUUGAGGAG